ACAAAAACCUUAACAAAAUAAUUAAAAUGCUAGAAAAGUAAAGUCGGCAAUAAAAACGAUAAAAAGCAGUUGAAGCCAAAAGCAAUUUGAAUUUAAAACUUGAACAAAGAUGAAUCGUUUGCUGCUGCAGUGUCUGAUAACGACGUUAUUGCUCUACAAAGUCAGCUGCGUGCCAACGACAAAUGGCAGCUUGGUAACCACUACGGAAAUACCGCAACAGGACGACGAUGAUGAUGACUGGGAUGAGAGCGAAUCGCUUGAGUCAGAUGAUGGACGCAUCUAUAAGAAUCCACGCAAUUCACCAUCCACGGAGUGUCCGCGAGAUGAGGAGCAGGCCACGCUGCUGGGACAAAAAUGUUUGCGCAAAUGCUCGUCGGAUGAGGACUGCAAGAGCAAGAAGAAGAAAUGCUUGUGCGAUGGCGUCUGCGGCAACUCAUGCAUUAAACCAGAUCGCGAGUGUCCAGAGCUGGCGCAGCCCAGUCUAGGUCAAGUCACUGUAGCUGGUCGACACUUUGGCGCUCGAGCAUCCUACAGCUGCCCCCAUGGCUACCACGUGGUCGGUCUGCAGAGUCGCCUCUGCCAAGCCGAUGGCAACUGGGCGGGCGCGGAGCCAGCCUGCAAGCAGAAUAUUUACUGUUUAAAGCCGCCACAGAUCGAGCACGCCAGAAAUUCUGCCUUGCCGGAGCAGGAGACUUUUGAUUUGGAUUCUACAGUGCAGUAUCAUUGCCAUACGGGCUAUGUAACCAACGGAUUUCCACGUGCCAAGUGUCUGGCCAUAGAUAACCAAGCCAGCUGGUAUGGACCGGAUAUUCAAUGCGAACCUCGAUCUUGUGGUCAGCCGCCGGAUCCGGCUAAUGGCUGGCAUGCGGGCGAAUGUUACACUUUUGGCUGCAAGAUCACCUACAAUUGUGGCAACGGCUAUGAGCUGGUUGGCAAAUAUGAGCGCUACUGUCAGUCCGAUGGCUCCUGGACUCCCAAGGAGCUGCCCACUUGUGUGUUGGUUACAUCUGUUGUCUGUCCUACACCCGAAAAUCCAAAGAAUGGCAAAGCAACCUAUACCACAUUGGCCUACAAUUCGGUGGUGAGCUAUGAAUGUCGUUACGGCUACACGCUCGUGGGUGAAAGCUCCAGUCGCUGUGGAGCGAGCGCCAAGUGGAGUGGCACUGUGCCCAGUUGCAAAGAAAUAAACUGUGGACAUCCGGGCGUGCUGUACAAUGGUUGGAUUGAGAACAUUGAGGCGGGCACGGGACUGGGCGCAAGCAUUAUAUUUCGCUGUCAGCCGGAAAUGUUGAUCAAUGGUCAGGGCUCGAGUGUCUGCCAAAUUGAUGGGCGCUGGCGCAACGUUUUACCGGAAUGUCUGGCACCUUGUGUGGUGCCCACAAUAUCUCAAGGCGUUGUCACAGCAAUUGAGAUCAUCACCGAUGAAAAUGGAACCACAAUUAUUGCGCCCAGUACCACGACCACCACACAAUCGCCCACGCAGAUCUUAGGUGGCGUGGAGAAGGUCAAACAUGGCACCGCGCUGGAGGUCAAGUGCGAUGAGAAUUACGAGUUUCCAGUAUCGCUCUUAAGUCCACCUACUUGCAACAAUGGGACCUGGAGCAUUAUACCGCGUUGUGUGCCCGCUAGAUGCAAGAGCAUGCCACGCCCACCCAAGCAUGGCAUGGUUAUGGCGCCAAAAACGGAGCAUGGCAUGAAGGCGCGCUUCAAGUGCAAGGAUGGCUUCAAGCUGGUCAGUCCCGAGGGCAAGGAUAUUACCGACCCGCAUGAUUAUGUGCUUACCUGUUCCUUUGGCAAUUGGACUGGAGAGACGCCCAAGUGCGAGGAGGUCUUCUGCUCAUUCCCGGGCUAUAUACCACACGGCAAGGUGCUGCUCGUGGGCAACAUGGGUCUCUACGAUUAUAGGCCAUAUGUCAAGAAGAUUGUCAACAACAAGCAGAUCAUGUACGAUUGCGAUAAGGGCUACGUGCUAGAGGUGGGUCCACCUGGUGCAACUUGCGUGGGCGGCAAAUGGCGUCCGCUCGACUUGCCACAGUGUCUGCUGGGCCAGCAUCCGCGUCUGCGCUGGAAUCGCCGACGUCGUCGUCGAUCACUUGAUCUACGCCAGCUGCGUUCUGUUUAUUUGCUGCGACGACAGCGUGAACUGCAGCGACAAUUAAGAGAGCAUCAGGAACAUCAGCUGGAGCAGGCGCACAGUUUGCAGCGCCAGCGACGCAGUGCAAAUACUAGUCCCUCGGACAUUGAUUUAGCCUACUCCAAAUACUAUCAGAAGAUCAAGGAGCGCUAUCAGCGCUAUGUGCGCAAGAUGCUGGGACAUGAUAGACUGUAUAAGAACUCACAUGUGCAGGAUGGUCGCUGGUACAAUCAGUAUAACAAUCCGGAGCUGGUAAUGAUGCACAAGGCAACGCAAAAGUGGCGCAAUGCGGGCGAAGGCGAUGAGUAUGCGGAUGAGAAUGAAUACCAUGAGGCAGUGGCCACGGUGCCCAUGCCCAACAUACAUCAGGCAUCACGUUAUAGCAGUCGCUGGCAAUCUGAGCAAAACUCCAAUGAGGCGCCCUUAAUACAUAGUCGGGAUACCAAUACAGCACGUCUCAGUCGCAGCAAGGCUUUGAUCGAUCAGCUCAAAUCGCAAAUAGUGCGACGACGACGCAAGCGCAGCGGCAGCGGAAGCAUCUCUUCGGCGCCACCCUCCUCCGCGAGUUUGCCGGAUACGGCCGAUGUGGACAGCAGUGACGACGUCGGCAAGACUGGAGCGGCAGGCGGUGGAAAUGGUAAGCGUCUGCGUGGACCCUGCGAGGAACUCGAUUGGGACUCCUUUGCCAACAUUACCACUGUACGUCCAGGCAAGGUGCCAGGACGCACAGCCGUCGGCAUUAUGCUGCAGCUGGAAUGCAAUGCAGGCUUCAAGCUGAACAUCAAGGGAGAGAAUGCCACGGCGCGUUGCAUACGCGGUAUUUGGAAGCCCGAACUGCCCAAGUGUAUGUCUGCGCCGUGUCUAGUGCCCGCCGUAGAGCAUGGCCAGUACUACAAAGUGGAACCGCAUACCAAGCAACUAAGCGAUAAGCCUUCAUUAACGCCAUUGUCCACCUACGAGGAAAUACAAUCGAAUGAGUUUAUAACACUCGAAUGUGAGGAUGGCUUCAAUACACAGGGAUCUGCCCAGCUGCGUUGCGCGCAUGGUUCCUGGUCAGUGAAUGCCUUCUCUGAGUGCACCUCAGUGCCCUGUACGCUGCCCAACAUGCCUGGCGUCAUCUAUGAGGGCGGUUAUCGCGCUGGUCUGACCAUUGGUCAUGGCAGCUCUGUACAUGUGCGCUGCGAGCUCUCCACCAAUGCCAAUCCCAUUGAGAUGUCUUGCCACAAGGGUGUGCUAACGCCUCCCAACGUGCACUGCGAGACAGGGUUGCGUAAGUCACGCGAGGAGCUGGAACAUGCCACACCCACACCCGCCAAGUUGGAGCAUAACAAGCAGGAGCAUAACGAGCUAGAUGAGAAUCAUCACGACGGCAACAAUACAGAUGAACAUGAAGAUCACGCGAUGUGCGGACAUCCCAGUCUAACAGAUGGCGCCUUGGUUUACAAAAAUCCUGACCAUGUGGAGGAUGGAAUUUAUGAAAGCGGCACUGAGAUCUUCUUCAACUGCAUACCCAAUGCGGCAGGCGAUCGUCAGACUUGGCGUAUUAUCUGCGACAAUGGACAGUGGGUUGGACGUUCCUUUAACUGCGAGAACGGCACGUGCUUGUUCCGUAACAACGAGGCCAAUGUGGUGAGCUUUUAUAAUGAUCUGGAAAUCCGUGAAGAUAUCGUGGAGUUUCCACCAGGCGCUACUAUUAUCUCUAGAUGUGUUGACAUUGGCAAGUUCUCCAUGAUGGGCAGUCAUGAGCGCACCUGCAUACACUCGGAGUGGACCAACACCAAGCCCAUUUGCUCGGGUCUCAAUCAGGAGAAUGAUUAUGCCAUGGAGAAGGCACCCACCAUAUUGUUUCGACAUCAGAACGGUCCUAUAGCACAGAGCAAUGAUGGCAAGCUGAUUGUAUAUCCGGGCACAACGCUGCACAUGGAGUGCUUGUGGAUGCGACGUUUUGGCAAUCCCAAGUGGAAUGUUAGCCAUACUGAGAAAAAUUACACGGAGGGCUGGGUAACUGAUGAUGAUGUAGGACGUGAUUCGACAUUGGAGUAUCGCCUAACCAUAGUCGAUGCAGUGGCUGAGGAUUCGGGGGCAUUCUCGUGCAUGACGCCGGCGCGGCAUGAGCACUCGGUUGAUGUGGUAGUCAAGACCAUUAAUUGUCCGGAAAUACCUAUACGGCGUGGUCUGAUCGUCAGUACGAAUGAUACCAAGCUUAGCACACGCGUGCUGUUGUCCUGCUCCAAUGGCAACUCGCUGAUUGGCGCAUCUGAGCUGUUUUGCUUACCCAGUGGCAAUUGGAGCGCACUGUUGCCGGUUUGUGAGAGCGUGGAGUGCGGCGAUAUACCGUUAAUGCCAAACAAUGUUAGCUCACCGCGCGUCUCCGUGUUGUCGCGCGAGGUGGGCGGGCGUGCGGCAUUCUCGUGCUCCUCGGGUUACGGAUUGCGUGGCCAGUCAGAGGUCAUCUGUUUGCCCACGGGCGAAUGGUCGACACCGUUUCCCACAUGUGUCGAAGUGCAAUGCGAUAAUCCGACCGCACCGCAAAACGGUUACGCACAGGGCUCGGCACCGUAUCGUGCCGGCGAUGUUGUGCAAUUUAAUUGCAACCAGGAGUACAUGAUGCAAGGGCAGCCGAUUAUCGCCUGUCAGGACAACGGACGCUGGUCGGGCACAUUGCCCAAAUGUGUGCAGGCUUGUUCAUAUCCCGGCACCGCCAUCAGCGGUCGCAUGUCCUCCGUUAAGUUCUAUUACGCCAUCGGCGAGAGCAUCACAUUCACCUGCGAUGCUGGCCUCGAGCUGCGUGGCUCCAAGGUCCUCAAGUGCAUGAAGAACGGCAAAUGGUCCAGCGCCAUACCCACUUGUGUAGCUAAUGAUGCUCCGCCCGGCGCCGUUGGCACAAACAAGCAUCUGGCUACCUUGGGUUGAAUUCUACAAAAUGCAUCUUUUUAAUAUCGAGUUGAAAAUCAAAGUGAUAGUGAUACUGACAGUACAUUGUCUGUGGUGCCAUCGAAGCCAUUGUGUGCAAUGUACAGUAUUGAAUCUUUAAAACAAACGUAAUAUAUAUAUACUAACUAACACUGACAUUCUUGCAAUUCAACAGUAAGUUGUAUGCAAUUGUAGCUUGUCAUUUUACUUUCAAUAAAAAUCAAUGUUUAU